AUGAGCGAUAUAGUGGAGAAGACCCUGACGGCGCUGCCUGGGCUCUUUCUGCAGCACCAGGCGGCCAGCGGCUCCGGGGUGCCCCGAGUGUCCGUGUCCUCCCGGCUGGGCAGCCUCAUCCGCAGCAUCACCGCGCUCACGUCCAAGCACGAGGAAGAGAAAUUAAUUCAGCAGGAACUGGCUAGUCUGAAGGCAACUGUUUCUGCACCUGGUACCACACUAAGACUGAUGAAGGAAUGUAUGGUGAGACUUAUAUAUUGUGAAAUGCUUGGGUAUGAAUCUUCCUUUGGCUAUAUACAUGCUAUCAAGUUGGCGCAACAAGGAAACCUCUUAGAGAAGAGAGUUGGUUAUUUGGCAGUUUCUUUAUUUCUACAUGAAAACCACGAACUGUUGCUUCUCCUUGUGAAUACGGUUGUAAAGGACUUGCAGAGCACAAACCUGGUGGAAGUAUGUAUGGCACUUACUAUUGUCAGUCAGAUCUUUCCUCGAGAAAUGAUUCCUGCUGUUCUUCCACUUAUAGAGGACAAGCUACAACAUUCUAAGGAGAUAAUACGAAGAAAAGCUGUUCAGGCCUUGUACAAAUUCCAUCUCAUUGCUCCCAAUCAAGUUCAGCACAUCCAUGUUAAAUUUAGGAAAGCACUUUGUGAUAGGGACGUUGGGGUCAUGGCUGCUUCUCUGCACAUUUACCUUCGCAUGAUUAAGGAGAAUCCAUCUGCAUAUAAGGACUUGACAGGAAGCUUUGUAACAAUCUUGAAACAAGUAGUGGGAGGAAAACUCCCAGUAGAUUUCAAUUACCACAGUGUACCAGCACCUUGGCUACAAAUUCAGCUCUUGAGGAUAUUAGGACUACUAGGAAAAGAUGAUCCAAGGACAAGUGAAUUAACAUAUGAUGUUCUUGAUGAGUCCUUAAGAAGAGCUGAGUUAAGUCACAAUAUCACAUAUGCUAUUUUAUUUGAAUGUGUCCAGACAAUUUAUACCAUCUAUCCUAAACCUGAAUUGCUUGAGAAGGCUGCUAGAUGCAUUGGAAAAUUUGUUUUGUCUCCUAAAAUAAAUCUCAAAUAUUUAGGACUAAAGGCUCUUACCUAUGUUAUCCAGCAGGAUCCCAAUCUGGCACUUCAGCACCAGAUGACAAUAAUUGAAUGCUUAGACCAUCCUGAUCCCAUUAUUAAAAGAGAGACAUUGGAACUUCUUUAUAGAAUUACUAAUGCACAGAAUGUAAGUGUUAUUGUCCAGAAAAUGCUUGAAUAUUUGCAGCAGAGCAAAGAAGAAUAUAUCAUCAUCAGUUUAGUUGGCAAAAUAGCUGAGCUGGCUGAGAAAUAUGCUCCUGAUAAUGAAUGGUUUAUCCAGACGAUGAAUGCUGUAUUUUCAGUGGGAGGAGAUGUGAUGCAUCCUGAUAUCCCUAACAAUUUUUUGAGACUGCUGGCAGAAGGUUUUGAUGAUGAAAAUGAAGACAAACAGCUAAGACUCUAUGCAGUCCAGUCUUAUCUCAGCUUGCUAGAGAUAGAACAUGCAUUUUAUCCACAGAGAUUUCUGCAGGUCAUGAGCUGGGUAUUAGGGGAAUAUUCCUACCUUUUAGAUAAAGGAACACCAGACAUCGUUAUAACAAAGCUCUACAGGUUGCUUAUGAAUAAAUCUACCACUUCAGAAACGAAAGCCUGGAUUAUGGCUGCAGUGACCAAGUUGACACCCCAAGCACCCUCCUCUAAAACAGUCGAGAAACUAAUUCAGGAAUUCAGUGUAUCCCUGGACACUUGUAUGAGACAACAUGCUUUUGAAUUAAAACAUUUGCGGGAGAAUGUGGAACUUAUGAAGAACUUACUUCCAAUUGAUAAAAGUUGUGAAGACUUAGUGGUAGAUGCUUCUUUGUCUUUCCUGGAUGGUUUUGUGGCUGAAGGACUGGAUCAAGGAGCAGCACCAUAUAAACCUCACCAUCAGCGACAAGAAGAAAAGCUUUCUCAGGGAAAAGUUCUCAAUUUUGAACCAUAUGGACUGUCCUUUUCUUCAACUAUGUCUUCAUCUGGUUGCACUGGACGGCAGUCUCCAGCUGGCAUCUCUCUUGGUUCUGAUGUAUCCGGGAAUAGUGCUGAAACAGGACAGAAGGAGACAAAUAGCUUGAAGCUGGAAGGUGUGAAAAAAUUAUGGGGAAAAGAAGGCUAUCUUCCUAAAAAGGAAAACAAAGCAGGAAACAACCCUGAACUUCAACCUAUUGCUCAGGACAGUACAUUAGUGGAGAAUGUGGAUCAGAUGAUAAAGAAGGAUCAGUCCCAGUCCCUUCAUCAUUCAGAGGAAGAGGCAGAAAAACAGCGUCUGGCUUCAACGUUAUUUGUUGGGCUGGGAUCAGAAAGUGCAGUCAGUUUGCUGGGAAAAACAGAUACUGUCUCUCACAAGUUCCGAAGGAAAUCAAAAGUUAAUGACAUCAAAAAUAGAGAAGUAACCAGCGCACAUAACAUUAACUGCUCUUCUUUCAAUCCUUUGUCAAAUGCACCUUAUGAAGAUAAUGAUCAUCUGAACAAUUUUCAGGACAAAGGAGACACAAGAUUAAAGAAAUGUUCUCUUGGUUCAGAAUUUUUGGAAUCAAGUUUAAAAUCUGAGUCACUCACUGAACUACAUUUGGUUGACAAUCUCUCAGCUUGCAGCCUGUCUUCACCUUCUUUGUUUGAAGAUAAUAGCAUGGAGAUUUUUCAUCCUCCUCAUUCUACUGUUUCCUCGUUUGCUAAUGAAAUCACUUUAACUUCUUCCUUAUUGGAAGAGCUAAAUGAGCAGGUACAUUCAGAUUUAGUGGAACUCUGUAACAAUGAAAUGUUAAAAGUUUCUUCUUGCAAAAUUUGGAAAGAUGACUGCUUAUUGCUGGUCUGGUUGGUUGCCAACAAGAGCAGUUUGGAACUGAAGAGUAUGAAUUUAGAAAUUACACCUACAGAAAAUUUCAAGAUCCUUGAGCAACCUGGCUUCUGUUUUCCUGUAAUAGAAGCAGAAAGCACCAAAAGCAUCCAGCAUCGUGUGCAGAUGGAAAAGCCUUUUACAGAGGAGGGCCUUUCUGGUUAUGUUAAAUAUCAGGUGGAAGAGGAUCCAUAUAUUCAGCUAGAAUUUUCACUCACCUUAUCACUAUUGGAUUUCAUUAGACCAAUGAAGAUUUGUACUGAAGACUUUGGCAAACUUUGGCUAUCCUUUGCAAAUGAUGUGAAACAAAAUCUAAAAAUGUCAGAUUCUCAAGCUAAUUUGCCUUUUGCCCUGAAGACCCUGCAACAGAAACUAAGACUGCACAUCGUUGAUAUUAUAGGAAAUGAAGGAAUAUUGGCCUGUCAUCUACUCCCUUCAGUCCCCUGCUUACUGCACUUAAGGGCUCACGAAGGAACGGUUGCUCUGUGGUUCAGAUCCUCUUGCUCUUCUCUUCCAGAUUAUUUACUUUAUCAGUGUCAAAAGGUGAUGGAGGAAUCCUGAUCAAAACUCUGCUUGUUUUCUACUUUAAAGGUUUACAUAGAUAAAAUUAUUUACCAAAGUAAGAUGAACUCACGGUACAACUAAUGAAAAGGGGAAUGAUUUGGCUUUUAAAAGUGUUACCUAAAGGACUUCUUAGAUAAGAAAGAGCUCCAAGAAACUGUACCUUUAUCACUUUGCUCAGGAUUGUAUAAUAUUUGUGUCCUCCCAAAAGUGACCUAUGUUAGCAUUUUAAAACUGUUAAUGGUUUAACAUGACCUAGAGUAGAGAGACUGAAAAUAAUUUAUUUUGUAAUAAGCGGUUUUCUAGUUAGCGCAUUUGCUCUAGGACUAGUGGAUUUGUAGAUACAGUUAAGUCUCAGUUAUCUGUGCUAAUGGAGAGAGAAGUAAGUGGAUAAUCCCAAGUGUAAUUAAUAUUUGGUUUUGAAAUGCAUUGUCUGACUUUUCACAAACUACUUAUCUUCUUAAUUAUGUUUUGAUUAGACUAGUAUUAAAAUUAGUCUACAUUCUUUCAGCCCACACCAACUGAUACUGGUGAUAGGGGUGCAGAAGCAUGUUGGGUGGCAAGAGGAAGCCAUCUUGAUCCUAACUGUGUUACAUUGAAUCUAUCCAUGUAUGAUUGAGAAUUGACCACAAAAUCUGUCCUUUUCUCACACAGUUACUUUUUUUAAGCUGAAAAUCACUGUGCAGACUAUAUAUUUUUUAAAAUACCCACUUAAACAUUAUUAUAUAGAAAUAAAAUCCCUCAUUGGGCAUACUACAAAAACACCUCAUUUAUGGUAAUAUCUUGGCAUCAUUUGCUACUUAAUGACAUUUAAGCUAAUUUAACUUUAGGAGUAAAAUGGCAUUCAUGCUUGAUACUCUUUGAAUACACCUGAGUAGCAGCAGCACAGAUAACCUUACAGGCACUGCAGUAAAGACGUGUUAUUUUCUUAUUGUCUGGUUCUUUUUUUUCCCUCACCUGUUACAUAAGUAGCUGGCAGCCUCUGAGAAUCACUAUCAAAACUGCAACUUCUACCAGUAAAAGGAACUUAAUGCUAAACUGAGUUAAUAUUUUCAGAAUUUUAAGGUUGUAGAUUAAAGUUAAAAACAGUAUUUUACAGUCUUAAGUACUUUCCGAAGUUAUUUCAUUUUUCAAAUGGUUCAGUGGAAAUUCUUCAGGCAAUACCAUUUUAAAUCAUAGAUAGCAGUUAAUUAGUUAGCACUUAAUUUAUAUGGUCAUUCACUCAAGUCAAAAGCACCUAAUCAUAGUUGAUGAAAAUAUUAAAGGAUUGUCUUAGAAUCGACAAAUUUAAUUACUUGCAUAUAUGCUCUGCAGUAUGCCUUCCCAGCAACAAGCAGUAUUCUCAUAACUAAUUUUAAGUUGCUCAUUUCUUUAAGUAACACUUUAUUAUGACCUAUUCAUUUAAACAUAUAGUAGAGCCCUGCUUACAACAACAGUGUUAAAGGACAAAAGAAUUGUCUACAUUAUGAACUUCCCAUGCUGUGAUGAGGGAGACUAACAUGCCUAGGCAAGGGGAGAGAAGGCAGUGAUAUGUUGUUUCUGGGGUACGAGGCAGCAGUGGCAUGGCAACCUCCCCUAAGGCUCUGUUCCGUUUCUGUCCUAGUCAGUGAUAUAUUUAUCCUGCCCUUCAUGCUAUUUCUGCUGCUGCUACAGCCAUUAGUAGAGAAGAAACAUCCCCUUGUCACAGUGCAAAAGCAUAUAGUGCCAUAUGGGAACUGGAGCUCUCUCCCUUCCUCCACUUGCUGGGGUAAGCUUGUGCUCUUGAGCCCAUCGGGGAUCAGUGUUUGGAGUACUCAAGCAGGUAGAUAAAUGGCUUGUUUGGAAGGAGCACUGCAAGUUUCUUCUCUCCUUGGUUAUAAGGGGGUACAUCCCUCCCUUGCUCCAGAAGUUGUUUUAGCAGGAGUAAAGCCAAGGGCUGGAUGCUGUGGGGCACAGAAACCAGUGAGUAGAGGGAGGUAUACAAGGAGUAGUUGAAGGCUUAUCACACCGUUGUUGUUUCUGCUAUUUGGAGUUCUUCCGUAGGAGACAUGCUUUCCCUCGUUUAACAGCUGAAUCUAAUCACUACAGCUCUGCUUUAAGACUUUAAAUUUUUUUAUAUGUAUGAUUUCAAAACCAAAUGUUACAAAUACAGCGUAUGAACAAAACUCAUUAGAUUUUAAAGUAUUCAAUAACAGUGCAUAUGAUGCUUAUUUUUAUUGAACGUUUAAAUUCUAAAUCAGGCAUUAUCCUCUUUACAUUUUAUUCAGUUUGACUAUAAUGGUAUGAGACCGAUUUCAUGUGGGAUUUGUGGAACCAGUCUCAUUGCUGCGUAGUCAACUUUCUGUGCUAGGUUUAGGGACAACACUAAGAAUGUUGGGCCGGUAAUGGUGCCAGGUGCUCAGCGGUAUGAAUACUCUUCACUCUGGGUAUUCACACUGGGCCCCUUCACUGUGGCAACAAAUAUAAGGGUGGAGUGAAUAAAAGGAAAGGCAGUAAAAGUCUAAGUGCAGUGAUGGUAGAUGGAAAUAAGAUGGUGUGCUCCUCAGUGGAGGGACAUAUGUAGAAGGGGACGUUUUGCUGUCCUAGCAGAGGCAUCCAGUAAGGGUGAACCUUAGACAAAGGGGAGGAGAGGAAGGAGUGAACACUGUGGAGUGGAUGUUAUAGUGGUGGUCAUGUAGUGACUGAGAUGCCAGUCUGUGGUUAACAUAUCAAAUGUUGCAAAGCUCUGUCUCAAACACUUAAUGUUGUCUAGGAAAAUUUCUGUGUGGUGGAAAGACAGUGUUUUAUUCCCCUCACCCUCAUUUUAUUUAAUGUUAAUAUUUUGAAAAUGUUGAGCUAUCUUUUUUGUGGAACUAUCUUUUUGAUGAAUAGAAGCCAUUUUUGUCUUAUUAUCAGCCAGAUAGUUAUUGAAAGUGCACUGAACUUACUCAUUAGUAAGUAUUUUACUGUGUUAAACUUUUGGGAGAGAAAAUGAAAUGUACAUUAACAUGGAGUAAUUUUCAUGUUUUAGAGUUGGGUUCUCUAAUUUGGAAAAGUUCAAUUAAAUGUACAACUGGCAUAAAAUUGUCAAUACUAAUUACUUCUGGCCCCUGCAUUCAUUAUUUUGUAAGCAGUUAAAUAACAGUCGAAUAAUACCAGUAAAGCUAGUGGUAUUGACUAAAAGCAAUGGAAAAGAAGGUACAUAGGAAUAACUUAACUUGCUCUGUCACUGCAGUGGUAAGUUAGUAAAGAUACUUGCUUAUUGUUCCCCCACUAGAGAGAAAGACAAUUUAGACUAUAAAUUAAUUUCCAUAUUCCCUCUUCAAAUGAUGGGGAAAAAUUCACUGUGACUCAUUUAGUGCUGUCAUGUUCAAAGAAGCAAGAAAAUAUAAAUCAAGCUAUACUAAAAAUAUAGUAAAAAGGAUACUUGAUUAGAAGUCAGUUUUAAGAUACUGACACUGGCAUUUACUAUUUGUGACCCAAGGCAAAAGACAGCCUCUCUGGGCCUCACUCACUUCCUUUAUCUGUAAAAUGGGAAAGUUGGAAAAGGUGAUUUCUGAGGUCCCUUCCGGCUCUAAAUCUGUGAUCCUAUGAAGAUUUUUUUAGGUAUCGGGUUUUAUACUGGCUAAUGCAUCCCCUACAAAUCUCCAGUCUGGUCACUGAAGAUGCCUGAUGGAAUGCGGAGACUUA